GACGUGAAUAGUUAGUUAAAGUGUGAUUUAUCGAAUGUGUUUUUGUUAUAGAUGGAUUUAUUAAUUUAACUAGUUCUGUGAAUAUUUAACAUUUGUGUAAAAUGUUUCUUUUUAUUUCGAUUGGUUUAUUAUAAUUAAUUUUUAUUUUAAUGUUGUGCUAGUGAAUUAACGUAGUGAAUAAAUUGUUUUAUUGCACAAUUUUGUUUACAAAUUUUAUAGUGUUAAUGUUAGUGUAGUGAGGUGACAAAAUAUGUACUAGUUUUUCACAUUGAUAUUAUUCUAAAGAUAACAAGACAAUGGCGCUUAAAGCGCCUUUAUGUUUGGCAUUGAUAGCUGUUUGCUUUGUACCUUCCCAAGGACUUAUACAAUCGCCACCUCGAAUAGUAAAACAACCUCCUACAGAUGAAUUGUUGUUCCAAGUUGCACAACAACAGAACGAAAACGAUAAACCUUUUAUAAUAGAAUGCGAAGCUGAAGGAGAACCUACACCGAGAUAUCGAUGGAUAAAGAACGGCAAGAAGUUCGAUUGGCAAGCAUACGAUGACCGCAUGUCCCAGCAGCCUGGACGGGGCACGUUGGUCAUCACGUCGCCUAGAGACGAAGAUCUUGGACAGUACCAAUGUUUUGCAGAAAACGAAUGGGGUGUUGCCACAUCCAAUUCAGUAUUCGUGCGGAAAGCCGAAUUAAACGCUUUCAAAGAAACUUCUGCACAGACAGUGACAGCCUCCGAAGGAGACCCUUUCAAAUUGACAUGUCAACCUCCUGAUGGUUGGCCAAAACCAAAUGUAUACUGGCUCAUUCAGAACUCAGAUGGAGGCAUUAAAAGCAUCAACAACAGUCGGAUGACGCUGGAUCCCGAGGGAAAUCUAUGGUUUUCUAAUGUAACUCGCCAGGAUGCAAGUGAUGAUUUCACAUAUGCCUGUGCCGCUACUUCAGUCUUCCGAAAUGAAUAUAAAUUGGGCAAUCGUGUUCGACUCAACGUUGUCCAGACUGGUGUUUCACCUGCACAAAACAGACAUGAACCAGUGCAGCAGUACGUGACCAGAAAAAACGAAGUAGCUUUGAGAGGGAAAAAAGUAGAAUUGUAUUGCAUAUAUGGAGGAACGCCUCUACCUCAGAUUGUUUGGAACAAAGACGGCCGUCGAAUACAGUCUACAGACAGGGUAUCACAAGGGAAUUAUGGGAAAUCACUUCUUAUAAAACAUGUUACAUUCAGUGAUGAAGGAAGCUACACUUGUGAAGCUAGUAAUGGUGUUGGAAGUGCCAAGAGUUACUCUGUUAAUUUGAGGGUUAUGGCCCAUCCGUACUUCACAACCGAACCGGAAAUCCAGAAUGCCGCGGAAGACGAGACAAUCGAGUUCCGUUGCGAAGCCUCCGGUGUUCCGGAACCAGACAUCCAGUGGAUCCACAACGGAAAACCCAUUUCACAGUCACCACCCAAUAAUAGAAGAAUUGUUAAUUCCAACAGCAUAGUUAUUAAGCGAUUGAAUAAGAAAGACACUGGCAAUUAUGGUUGUAACGCUACUAAUUCUUUGGGUUAUGUCUACAAGGAUGUUUACGUCAACGUUCUGGCCCUGGCCCCAGAAAUUACUGAAGCUCCCUUAGAUGAAUACACGGUUGAUGGUCGCGUAGUAACUCUUCGGUGCCGAGUGUUUGGUGCUCCUAGACCAGAAGUAAAAUGGAUUCGAUCAGGCUUGGAACUGACUGGUGGACGAUAUUAUCUUCGUGACAAUGGCGAUUUGGAGAUCAGAGAUGUUGGAUUUUCAGAUGCUGGCGAAUAUACCUGUCAUGCCACCAAUAAAUUGGGAGAAGAUAAGAAAACUGGAACUCUCACAGUAAAAGAACGAACAAGGAUUACUGAUGAACCAGAAGACUACGAAGUUGCCGCAGGAACACAGGCUACUUUCAGGUGUAAUGCUGUGAGCGACAGCUCACUUGAUUUGAGUAUAGAAUGGCAUCAUAAUGGACAAGCAAUCGAUUUUGAAACCAGACCAAGAUUUGUUAAAACUAACGACCACAGUUUGACUAUAACUAAAACCUCCGAGUUGGAUUCCGGAUCAUACGUAUGCGUUGCUAAAACUGAUCUGGAUGAAGUACGGGCGCAGGCUACACUUACUGUCCAAGAUAAACCUAAUGCUCCAAGGCUUAGAGGCACACGUUGUAACUACCGAGAUACAACCAUAAACUGGGAACCGAUGGGAGAUAACAGAGCUCCUAUUUUGAGAUAUAGAAUAGAAUUCAACACUAGUUUUACACCGGACACUUGGGAGAUUGCUUACGAUAAUGUCCCCGCUACCGAUCAGACUUAUACGGUUGCCAUGAGUCCCUGGACCAAUUACACAUUCCGUGUAAUAGCAUUUAACAAGAUCGGGCCAUCAAGCCCAUCAGGCCCGUCGUCUAUGUGCACAACACAACCUGAUGUUCCAUACAAAAAUCCAGAUAACGUGGAAGGCCGCGGAACGCAACCUGACAAUCUUAGGAUAUCUUGGACGAGAAUGCCUGAAAUUGAACACAAUGCUCCAGGAUUCCAAUAUCGUGUAUACUGGAAACGUGAUAUUCCUGGAGAACAGUGGAAUACCCAAGACAUUUUUGAUUGGGAGAAACAGGAACUGAUUAUUCCUGAUCAACCAACUUACCAAAGAUAUCGUGUGAAAGUUGUGGCUAUUAACGAGAAGGGAGAAUCAAAUGUUGCAGCAAAAGAAAUGAUUGGAUAUUCAGGAGAGGAUAAACCUACUGCCGCACCCACAAAUUUCACAGUAGUUGAUGUAACGGACAGUACAUCAGCAUUACUUGCAUGGAAUCCUGUAUCACCUGAUUCAGUUCGGGGUCACAUGAAGGGAUACAAAGUUCAAACUUGGAUUGAAGGUGGCGAAAAUAACGUACAAGAAAUUCAAGUAGAACCAAGUGCUAAUAGAGCACUUAUCAAUAAAUUCAUUCCUCAUGCCAAAAAUUAUGUUCGUAUGUAUGUUCAUAAUGGACGUUACAAUGGACCACCCAGUGAAACACUCAGCUUUGAUACACCCGAAGGAGUGCCUAGCACAGUACAAUCAUUAGAAGCCUUCCCAAUGGGAUCUUCAGCAUUUAUGCUCACAUGGAAGAAACCAGAACAUGCAAAUGGUGUAUUAACAGGAUAUAAAGUUUAUUAUCAAGAAGUUGUAGGAACUGCUGUGGGACCAAUUUUGGAACGAGAACCUCAUAUCAACGACCCUACACAGACCCACGUUAAACUUGCAGGAUUAAAACCAAACACUAAAUAUCGAUUACAUGUAAAAGCAACCACUAAGGCUGGUGAAGGAGAAGGGUACUUUAUUGAGCAAAAAACGAGAGGUGGACUCUCAACUCCUCCAGAUGUUCCAGCGUUCCGAUGGGAACGUAUGCCAACAGAUAAUGGCCUUGCCAACAUAAAAGUUACUUGGCUGCCAAAUCUGGAUGGCAAACCAGGAUCACAUUUCUUUGCUAAAUAUAGAAUAAAGAACGAGCCACAGUAUUUGAGUACACAACCAGAAUUAGACGACGAUACAUUAAUAGUACGAGGUUUAACGCCGAGUGAAAUGUACGAAUUUAAAGUAGUCGCUGUAGAUGGAGAUUAUUUGACUGAAAGCCCUGUACAAGAAGUUGAUACAUAUGGAGUUGAAGGGCCAAUUAUCCAGCCGAAAGAAAAUGUAGCAACAGCUGGAUGGUUUAUCGGAAUGAUGCUGGCUAUUGCUUUCUUACUAUUAGUGUUGAUUAUUGUCUGUAUAAUCAAACGAAAUCGGGGUGGUAAAUACGAUGUCCACGAUCGAGAAGUAGCAAACGGCCGCAGGGAUUAUCCUGAAGAAGCAGGCUUCAAUGAAUAUUCACAACCCUUGGAUGGAAAAUCUCAAGGAAGACAAUCAAUGAGUAGUGGACCAAAAGUUGGUCCAGAAAGUGAUACAGACUCAAUGGCAGAAUACGGAGAAGGAGAUACAGGUCGAUUCACGGAAGACGGGUCAUUCAUCGGCCAGUAUGUGCCAGGCAACCUGAAGCCCGCAACCAGUGGAACGCUGGCCGGCCCGAAUCAGCAACAAACAUCACCAGGCGGCACUGCCAUGGCCACCUAUGUUUAACCUCUAUCUCCACACUUAAAAAUAAUUAAUUCUUUCUAGUUCAUUCUCACAUAUAUGAACACUCGUGUAUUGCUAGCUAGACAAGGAUUAUUGUAGGUAUGAUGAAUUUUUAAUUUUGAUAAGAUGGAAUUGGAGAAGUAGGAAGGAAGUUGUAGAGAAGUAAUUGUUUUGAAUUUAUUUUUUUAUUUAUACAAAGAUUAGUUCGACUCGAGCCUUUAUGCAUUCACUAAUCUCGCUUUAUACGCCUAUAUAGUACUAUGUAUAUUGAUCUCAAAAUUUGCCAAAAUUUUGAGCAAAUUGAAUUUCUAUAUUAAAAUAAUAUCGGUCGUUAAUAAUCACUAGCAAUAUAAGAGUGGCUCUAUAUGAAAUAAUUAUUAUAAGCGUCUUUCGCGCUCUUCGUGGAAAGUAGACUAAACGUUGGGCGCUUAUUAUAUUUUAUUUAUUUAAUUUUUUCUAUAAUUUACCGUUAUUAUAACGUAACUUGAGCAGCUUUUGAUUCUCGCAUCUAAAUUUUGGCAUCAAUUAUAAACUUAAGGAAAGAAAAACUAGUUUGCUAUUAUAACAUUUGUUAUAUAAUAGUGUGUAAGGAGUA